AUGGAACCUUUACCUCAACCAUACUAUCCAAAUUCAGGAGGAUUGGAAUCAGACAACGAGUGUUGUCAACAAAUAGUAGUUCCUCCAUCUAUGACACAACCAAUGGUUAUACCUACUUUACCAUCAAUUUCAUCAAUCGUUUCUCAAGAGAAUCAUAAACAAUAUCAAUUGGUUAAAGAAUUUAGGGAAUGCCAUAUCGAUUCUAAAUUGAUGUCAGUUUUGUAUUCAGAGUUUAGAGUAUCACCCAAAAAAGCAACCAAUAUAUAUGAAGAUUGGGUUAAUAGUUUAUGGUUUACACCAACUGGAUUCAAAAAAAUUAUGGACUCAGAAUCAUUGAAAAAAGUUUAUAUACCAUUUUAUUCAUACAAAGUUGGUUACAAUGUAGAAUUUUCUGGAUUUGUUACAUAUGAUUCAUUAUUACAUACCAAAUAUUCAUACGAAAAACAAAAUCGACAUCAACAACCAUCACCAAAAAAUAAAACACCAUCAACAAACUCCUCAGUAAUUUCAGGUACAGGCGAAAUAAAUACAAACAAUUUCAAUUUACCAUUAGAGGAACUAAUAAAAGAUAAAGGUGUGGAAUGGAAAAAGGUUGAUGGCUAUAUAACAAGAACUGUAAAUCGAAUAUUAUUGUUGGGGUGCAAUUCAAUGAGUUUACUCAUUGAUGAUGGUAUAAUGAAUUGCAUGGAUAUUCAUUUCGAUUUUUUAAAAACAACAGAAUCUACACUGGGAGACUUUGAAAAGCAUGCAAUACUCGAACAAGCCGAUGUACUAAGUAGAUAUGAACCAGAAAUGGUUUGGAACCGUGACUAUUCAAACUAUCUAUUGGAAAAAGAACAAGCAAUGUCUGUAGAGUAUUUAAAACAACAAGAACAAACUUUAUUCGUCAAGAAUGUUUCAUCAAAUGUAAUAUACAAUGAAAAGCUAUUCAAUCUAGUCUAUAUACCAUUCUACUACUCAACCUAUGAAUAUCAAGACCAAUCAUACUCAUUCUUUUUAAAUGCUCAAAAUGGCAUGAUAUCAGCCAAUAGACCCAGCAAAUUAGGGCUUGGAAAAAUUGGUGAUUUGUUUAAAUAUACUUGUAAUUAUAUCUCAACUAUGGUGGGAUCAAUCGAGCCUACAACAAAAAUCAAAGGCGACGAAUUGGGCGACCAUGAUCAAUGGAAGGUUUAUUGUGAUUCAAGUUAUUUCAUUUGUUUUACAAGAUCUGCUACAAAUCUAUUUACCGGAAGUUCAAAUGGCUUCUUUGUUGUAAAAAAUAAUAGUAGAAUAGAAAGAGCCACCCUCAGGGGUCAAAAGAGAAGAAGUGUUAAAAAGGGUAAUAUUUUCGAGCUUUUGCCAAUGCAAGAACGUACUUUUUCAUUUAAAGGCCAUUGGUGUUUAGAAAUUAUUAAGGGCGAAGUAAAUCAAAUCGAAAUAAUUAAAAUCAAUCAUUCAAAUGGAGGAAAUAUUUACCAAUCAAUCAAAAACUAA